AGAAAAUAAAAGCUGGUUAUACAAAUGGUGUCCGAGUACAAAUGGGAAAAUUAGAAGACUUUAUAAAUACAUCAUGUGUAACAAGUCUUGAUUUUGUUUUUCGUGAAGAUGAUGAUGAAGAUCCUGAAGAUAAAUUAAUGGAAUUAUUACAAUCAAGUUCAGAUUUUAAUCAAAUGUCAAACUUUUUAUCAUAUCAAAAUAUUGAUUAUCGUUAUCAAAAACGAUAUAGAAUUAAAAAAUUAGCACAAAUACGUGGUGCUGUUAAACGUAGUUAUAGCUAUAGUCAUCAUGCAAGUGAUAGUACUAUAGCACAAAAUAUUCUUAAUUCAAAUCCUGCUGAUGAUCAAGAUGAUCAAACUGAUACAAAUGUUUUAAAUCAUAUACGUGCUGAUGAACAUACAUUAUCAACAUCAAAUAGACGAGAUAAUUUAUUAAGAGAUAAAGAAGUACAUGAUAUUAUUGCUCUUCUUCCACAUACUUCCUCUAUACAAGAUCAAGCAGAUAUUUUACAUUAUCUAUGUAUGAAUAAAGGUAUUGACUUUGAAUUUGAACAUAAUGGACAUCAUGUAACAGUUCGCGACCUUAUUCAAGAACUUUAUAAUCGUGCAUGUAACCAACGUGUUUGGUGGUGUGUACGUCAUUGUGCUGGUAUGUUAGGAAUGCAAAAUAAAAGUAUUGCACAAAGUUUAAUUGCUAUACUUGCACAACAAAAACAAUUAACGAUUGGUUUACCACCAGCACCACGUGAACAUGUUUUAACAAGUCCGAUAACAUUUGAACAAUUAUAUAAUACAAUAGUAGCAGCAACUGGAAAUGAUCCAACAAUGGUUAUGUUAACACAAGAAAUACUAGUAUUUUUACAUAUAUUUAUUAGUACGGAACCACAAUUAUUUGCUGGUAUGAUACGUAUACGUGUAGGUCUUAUUAUACAAGUUAUGCUAGGUGAAUUAAAACGUACAUUACAAUCAUCUGAUGAAGAUACAACAGAUCAUUUAUUAAAUUUAAGUCCAUAUGAAAUCAAAUGUUUAUUACAUAUUAUUUUAAGCGGUAAAGAAUUUGGUAUAACCGAACAUUCAACAAAACCACCACCAGAAUUAGCAGAUUUAUCUAAACAAGAACGUGAUAUGCGUAUUAUACGUAAUGAAAUUAAAGAAGCAAGUACAAAAAAAUUAAGUGUUCAUUUAAAUUGGGGUGAUCAUCCAUCAGAAGAUGAUGAUGAUGAUGAUGUUGGAAAACAUGGUCAAUGGAUUCGUCGACGACGUCUUGAUGGUGCUUUGAAUCGUGUACCUGUUCGAUUCUAUGGACAAGUUUGGCAAACACUUGAAAAGUGUAAAGGUAUUAAAAUAGCUGAUUAUAUUCUAUAUAACAGUUUAACACAAGAAAUGACUCAAGAAGAAAUUAAAUUUGCAUUACGGGUUGAAGAAGCUCUUAAUCGUGUACCAUUUACUGAAUAUCGACAGUUGAUUGUUGAAGCUUGUGUUAUAUUAACAUCAAUAGCCCUUGGUGAUAAUCGAUUUCAUUUGGAUGAAAUAAUUAGUAUUGAAGAUAUUGUUUCUACAGCAAAUGGAAUAUUUUUACAAGAUCAAUUAGCAUCAGGUGGUGAUGCAACAAAAUGUUGUGCUAGUGGUAAUCCAUGUGGAUCAGCAGCUGGUAUAUGUUUACAUUUUUAUGAUUCAGCACCAAGUGGACGUUUUGGAACAAUAAAUUAUUUCUUACGUGCGCUUCUAAAACUUUUACAUGUUGAUGAAACAAGUGUAUGUUCGAUUAGUUAA